CGACCACCGUAUCGUACCGUACGGCGUACAAUUUGCAAAUCAACAAGCGGUGAAACAUAUUUUGUGUAUUUGUACAAUUACUUUUUCUACAACACUCUUUCCAGGCUUCUACUACUAUUCUUAACUAAUUAGAACCUAGAACUUUAUAUUAAUAUAAACAUUACGUAUAUGAUAGCUAAUACUAAAGAAAAGUGCUGUGCAAUAGAAAUGUUCCAGUGUUAAACCGCGCCAGUUCUGUUUUUUCUCACAUUUUUUAGCACAAAAUGGAGGAAUCGUUUGAUAAAUCAAAUGUAGAGACCACCUCAGUUUGUGUGAAAGAUGACACGGCUCAUACACUGAUUACACCAGUUGAACUGGUUGAUACAUCUCAAAAUUUAUUUUCGGAGAGUCCUGUUUAUGAUCCUGAUGAAGAUUUAGAAACUAUCAAAAAUGAUUUCGAGAUAAGAGAUGCUAGUGUACAGCCAAACACCGAAGCAAAACCUGAACAUGGCACAGUCCAUUCGAAGAGGAAGCUAACCGAAGAAAUUUCAGAUGACGGCGCCAAAGUCUUGAAACUAGAUAUAACUGAAGAGAAAUCGGGAGGAACCCUAGGAUGGAAUGAUUCGCAAAGCCUAGAUGAUGAAGUUUCUAGUAUAACCAGUGUAGCUAAGCGAAAACUCGAAGAUGAGUUGCCGUCUACAUCUCGAGUACGCACACCCGUUAGAUCAAGUCCACGUAAAAUUACAAAACGCAGCAACAGUGUUGAAACAACAAUUACUCCUAAGAGACCUCGAACACCAAAACCGCGUUCAGCUAGUGUAGACAUUAGUAAAAAUCGAAAGACACCAAAAAAGAGUCAGUUAAAGGCUUUAAAGGAAAUCAGUGAGGUAGAAACCAUUAAUUCGUGCAAUUUAAGUCAGGUUAUUCCAGAAACUAUAACAGAAGAAACUCAAUUGGAGGAGCUCAAUGAUUCGCAAAAUAUGCGCUUAGUUCUGUCGCCCAGCCCGGAUAAAUUAAGUAAAGUCACUGACUGUAAUAGUGAGCCUGUAGUGGAGAACGAAAAAAACGUAAUCCUUGAAACUGAUGUAAAUGAAAAACCUAACAAUGAAACUCAAUACAAUUCUGAUCUUCAUAUCCUUUCAAAGUCCUUAACAAGAGAUUUCGAAGGUCAGACUACAGAUCAAGACAGUACACGCAGUGUUAGUUCAAUGGGCUUAGAUAGUCCUGAACAAGCGCCGAUAAGUAUGGCUUCGAAAUUAAUCUCAAAGCUGUCAAACGGCAACUCUUCAACACCUACUGAAAUAUCGACCCAUCAGAAUGUUUCAGCAGAAAAUAUUACCCCAGAUAUUGCUAAAAUGAAUGGUCAUAAAGGCCAGCGAGGUAAAAAUGAAUCAUAUAGAGUAAGCAAUAAUACAACCCCGUCUACAAUAUCACCAUUGCAGAAUGGCCAUAGCUUACCUAUAAACACUCCUCAAAUUCCAGUUUUUGACAUCCACAUAACUCACAACGAGGAAAAUGAAUUUCUCUCAUUGUACGUAGUUAGAACCGACAACGACAUAGGCAUGGAUAUGUGCAAAGAAUAUCAAAGAAUAUCUAAACGAUUCACUACAGAUCCAUACUUAGGUGACGUUUCUCUAGGUAACUCUCCUUCGAGUGUAACAAGUGGGGGCUUGAUCAACCUUCCCAAUAGGACGUCAUUUGCAUCAACUGUCAGCUCUAGUUCUUCGUCAAGUAAUAGGACCAGUGAUGGUGCAUUUGUCGUACCUCAACCUCCACGUAAAUCAAUAUCUAAUCCAUCAACAUCUGUCAAGGGAUAUGAGACUUUAAUGAAAAAGCUGCAAGAAAUAUUUUCUCAUAUAAGAGAUGUGUCGGCUGAGGAUAUCAAUCGUUCGAUGAAUGAGGAUAAGAUAUCUAUCGGCAUUCAGACUUCAGAAAUGAGCAACGGGAGCGCUAGUCCUGCAGAAGUAAGCAAAUGUGAUAAAGCAACCCCCAAGAGUUCAUUGAAAAAAUCGAGGGUGCGAGGGCGCCGACCAAUGGCCGGCAAAACAAAAAGAGCACUUUUGCCCACGCAACACGAAGAAGCGGAGUUUGCUCAAAAUUCGCCCAAUGUGGUUUCUACUAAUGGUGACAGUGAGAAGAUUUCUCCUGUAAAAUCACCCAAAGAUUCUAAAGACGACAAACCUUUAUCGUCUUUAGUGGGUACACCUAAAUCUAUCAGUAAAUUGAAGCAAAAGCGGCGACCUACAUCGCCCCGACCUGCAACUCCUGUUGAAAAAGUUACUGUAAAACAAGAAUAUUCAGGAUUUCCUCCAGAUACCGUUGUGUUGGCUAAAUGGGUAGACAAGCGAUAUUAUUCUGGCAAAGUUUUGGAAAUGAGUGAACCUAAUAAAUAUCUAAUAAAGUUCGACGAUGGGCAAAGUAAAGUUUUGCUGGAUGAUUUCAUUAUAUUUGGUGAUAUGAAAAAAUUGCCACUACAAGGGCAGUCGGUGUAUGCUCUGGUUGAUGAGGAACAGAAUUACGAGCCUGGGCUAGUUCUCGGUGUAGAAGAAAAUAAUAGUGGAACAGUUACUUAUAGAUGCACAACCGAUGGCGAUACAAUAGUAAUGGUGACAGCGAGCGAGUUGUAUCAGACGGAAGACCAAGCUCGCUCUAUGAAGGAGUCUGCCAGACCGGGAUCGCCGUCGACGCCCUCCACUCCUCGACGAAGACACAACCGUGAGCUGGAUCUUGAUAACAUAAUACAGGGCCCGCGCAGUGCUCGAACUCGAGACAAAGGCAACUCCAGUGCAAGGAAACGCGUUGCAUCUCCAAAGAGUCCGAAAGCUUCCACAUCAGGUGUUAAAUCUAAAAAUACCUCAAUAGUUGCCCGCAAGCGCUUAGGCAGUGAAAGUAGCGAAAUGAGCGAAAGCAGCAACUCUGCGCCUCCCGUGCGUCUCGAGGAAGUGGCCGGUGUUGAGCCUGAAGUGCAGAAAACACCGCGGAAGAUUGAUGGCGUCAAAGCCGGACCACUUCAACUCAAAGGUGCAGCCAAACAGAACAUUGGCAAGAAAAACUCUAAGCUUACGAAAUUCGAGAACGAUGAACACACUGUAUCUAUGCUGGGACCAAUACCAUCACCUGGCAGUACUCUGUUCGCUGGACUUCACUUCCUCCUGACAUGCACGGAUCAACCACGGCCUAAACGAGCUGGUGGUCCCGAAAAGGAAUCAGAUAAGGGUCAUGACACGCGGCAUUACUCGUCGGAAGAGGAUGGGGAGACCACGUCGUCAAUGAUCGGAACCGACACUGAAGAUCUGGAGUUCUGCAACCGGCCGUUCAAUAAGGAACGCCUGAGGGAGCAACUGGAAGCGGGGGGAGCUACCGUUUAUAGCUACUUCGACGACGUGCCCAAGAACAAGUACUCGGUGUGCAAGCUGAUAGCCCCGCGGCCAUGUCUCACCAUGAAGUACAUCCUGUGCCUGGCCGCCGACAUUCGCGCCGUGUCGCACGCCUGGCCCAUCGUGAGCUGCAUCCGAGCUGAGCUGCAGGACCUGGACGCCUUCGUGCUGCCGACCGGAUUCUCCAUACAGAAGAAUGCCUAUGUCAACUGGGUUCCACCAUUUGGUAAAAGAAACACAACAUUUUUCAAAGACAAAGUGAUCCUAAUCUGUGGGGAUCAGGACACAUUUGUCAAAUUUUGGGAUAGAGUGUGCACUUUGGCUGGGGCAACAACCCGAGUUGUAAAUGAAGAGGAUCUCAACAUGUCCGGGGCAUAUGCUCUGGUGACUGACUGGGAUUGCCCCCAUGAGGUCCAGAACAAAGCGAACCAGGAUAAUAUACCACUGGUGUCUACUACAUGGGUUAAACAGUGUCUCAUCGAAGGCAAGGUCCUUCCUCCAACCAGCCAUGACCGAUUCUCGUUUUUGUAUACAGAGACGGAAUGAUCGUGGGACUUUAAGAAAGUGCUCAUUAUGCGUGACAAGUGACACUUGAGCACAGUGCAGUGACGCGAUUAGUAGUGAGUGGUUUCUAAAAUCAAAUAAGUGACUAGUUACAUGAAAAGUGACUUCAAAUAAGUGUAUAGUUAUUAGGAGACCUACUUCAAAUAAGUAUAGCUACUAGAAUUAUUUCUAAUAAGUACUUAGUUACUACUAUAUUGACUGCAACAAAGUGGUUAGUAACUAGGUAAAUGACUUCAAUCUAAUGUUUAGUAAAGAAGUUAAAAUAAAUAAGUGUGUAGUCACAUAAAAUCUGACUUCAUGUAUAAGUGUUUAGAAACUAUUAAUGAAAUUUUAACAGUUUUUAAUGAAGUUUUGUAAAAAGUUAUAUAAUACUUUCUUAUUUAUUUCCAAUUUACUAAUAAGCUGGGUAAAUAGAAGAUAGGAGAUAUAAAUUUAUCUGAUAUUUAGUUAUAAUGGCCCGAUUUAGAAUUAUGUAUCCAUUGUUUAAAAUAUAGGUAUGUGUUGGUUCUUCGAAGCAAAAAUAAAUAAAAAAUCUUAACAUAACCGAUCAAUAUUAAGUCGUUUCUCUUGACUGUUUAAUUAAAGUUAAAAUAUAAUAAAUUAAGUAUAAUGUUUGUGGAUUACUUAUAAAUUGUGGUGUCUAUUAAAAUGUUAAUGUAAUUUAUAAGUGAUUCUUAUUGUGUUUUAUGACUGUUUUCUAUUUGUCGUAGAUGAACCUUUUAAAUAUCUUUAAUGUCUAAUGAUACAGUAAAAAAUACAUGAUCAAUGUGUGAAUGUUGAGUGGCAUUACAGAGUUAACAUUUAGAUUAUAAUGAAUAGAUAAAAUAUCAGUCACACAAAAUACAUUUGAAUAGUGUAUUAUUUUUUAAAUUAAAUCUUUUAUUUUUCUAAUUCAUUUCGGGCUUAAGCAGAUAUGAGGUCAUUUUUAUAUUCUUUUUAUCUUGUAUUUAUAUUAAUACAAUAAAAUAUAUGAUGGCUGUUAAUGGCCUAGAUUUCAGCUUUCCACAAUUAUCGCUUUGGAUUUUGCAUUUAAUCUGACCACUCUCAAAAUAUAUAACAAACAUGCAAAAAUACAACACAAUAAGACCAAAUAAGUAACUAUGACUUUUAAAAAAUGCACUUUUAGUUAGCAAUACCGAACAGCUCCCUAACCCAUACCCACUGUCAGUUAAAAUUUAUAAUAAGUUAUCAGAACACUUAAAAUCCGAAACAAAUAUUAAAAAAGUCAUAUGGUCUAUGAAAAAGGUACUUUUGGAAAAAGUUAGUAUUUUAUAAAAAUAUUUGAAUGCCUUAGGUUCAUGUGAUAAUUAUUUAGUACUACUUAGUCGCAUGUAAAGCAAUUUAAAUAAAUAAAAAUACGUGCUGCCGUGUUAUCUUUGGACGACCAUGUAGCGCUUUUCGACUUCAAUGCAGCUUUCGUUAUACCUUCUUAUAUUUAUAUUUUUGUUGUUAUUUAAAUAACUCAUACCAAAGAGUAUAUUUGUAGUUUGCAGUACAUACCCAAGUGAAUUUCAUAUAAUAGUAGUAUGACCUAACUGAUAAGCUUAGGAUUUAAAAGAAUAAGAAUGCUUGAAUAUAUUUACUGCAUAGUUCGAGAAUGUCGAACAAUUCGAGUAUAUGAUCCACUUUCAAAGGCCUUAUAUAUUAGUCUUUGAUCAUUUAUGCGCCUAGAUCAUAAACUGAGUAUAUUAUAGCGUAAUAGACAAACACUCUCCUCAUUACGGCGAAACUAAAUUUAAAAUGUUCAAGUUUUACAGAUUUGUUAGUGAAGUGUGUAAUAUUUUGCUUUUAGACAAUCCCUAUGACAAAUAUUGAUGAGUGUUUACUGUGUAUGUAAAAUGUGAAACAAAAUAUUACGAAAAUAAGUAACACGAAAGCAUUUAAGAAGAAUCAGUAUUUACCUGUGAAAUGUUUAUUUAUUUGGAUUUUUGCUGUAUUAUCAACACUCACACAGUCUAACACGGAACUGACACCAUUAUAUUUUAUAAUUAUUAUCCUUUAAAACACAGAAUAAUUACGAUAAAAACACUAAAAUUAAAAUGCGGUCCAAUUUGACAGGAGACUAAUGGACUCUAAAUUGUUUCAGAACGGUUUCACGGUCCAUCUAUUCCGUAUCUUUCUCACACCUAGGUUAAGUCAGGUUAGUUAGCUGUAAGGAAAGUUAUCUCACUCUCACACAGGGUUCGUCUAUUUCGCUAGUAUGCUAUUAUGGUCUAGAUAGACUGCGACAGCUGUGAAAACAUAAAAAAAAAUCUCUAUUUUUUAUACCUACCAUUAAUCUUUUUGCUUAUAAUCUCUUUUUGACCCAAGUGGGAAAUUAAAGCCUUCUUUAAUAUUUUUCAGAGCGCUUGGUGUGUUGUAAGUCUAAAACUUGUUUGUCUGUUGUUUACUAUGACGUCACGUAUCAUGGGUUAUUUAAAUAUUAUUAUAAAUAUUUAGGGUGUGUUCCGAUAUGCACUGCGACCACUGCACAGUGCUAUCACUGUAGAAAAAUUCGUUCCGUUAUGGACUGCCAGUAUACUACCGCAGUACAUUAGGGAAAUAUAUGACAUCAUAAAUCGCCGCCAUAUUGUACUGUGAGCCCUGGCGUUUUCGAGGUAAGGUACUCGCAGUACUUUGAUCACGUGAUCAGUUAAAACCACUCGAGUGCCUAAAGUUUUAUAAAUAAUACCUACAGUUUAAUUCCAAAUAUUUUUAAUUUGACACAACUCCAACAACAGUUUUUUUUAAAUAGUAAUCAGUAUAACUGGCUAUAAAGGAACGGCUUCACAGUAUACUAAAUUGACGUCACACUGUACAGUGGUCGGAGUGCAUAUCGGAACAUACCCUUAAACUGCAAAGCUAUUUUAUGGCGUUUUAUCUGUAUUUUCAUAGUGAUGUAAAUUGUCAAAAAUGUUAGUAUAGGUUUGCAUAAUGUUCCUUAAUGGUGGUGUAUAGUCUGGUCUGAUCUAUUUGUUAAGUAUUUCUACUUAUAUUAUUAUAUCGGGAUAAACACAUACACAUAGUCAUGGAAAAGUAUUCAGUACUUCCAAGUUGAAACCUGAAGUGUCACUUAACAAACAGGCUCGUUUAUAUAGUACUGGCAACAUAGACUGUGACGCAUUUUUUUCGAAUCCCGCUUGUAUUCAGUGUUAACCGGCUGAUUAGAGAUUUCGUUUUUUUCCUAAUAUUUUGUACUUGGCUUGUUUUGUUAAAGAUAUAGUAUCGUACCAUGAUUAAAAUUAAUUCAUAAAAGGGAAGAAACCUUGACAUAUUGACGUCUUGACAAAUCACAUUUGCAUGAUGAUUUGAUCGGUGAUUUUUAAGUGUAUACUUGAUCACUAUGAUCUCAGUAAGAUGGCCGCCCAUCCCUCACACAUCUUGCGGUGAUUAAAGUUAUUCUAUCAUUGUGCAUUAUUUUCAUACUACAUUUUUUUUAUUUGAGAACGAAUUUUGAGGAUGUUUUAAUUGCUACGAAUUUAAUGUGAUUUAUAAGGAACGAUUGUAUAAGUAUUAUGAUGUAUGUAUGAUUGUAUAAGGCAAUUAGGCAUUGGCUACCUUAAUAAGAAGCUAAAUUAAUAUAUACAACUAUUGUUAAAGUUAACUUAGUUCCGUAAUUCUAUAACUUAAUUUCUGUUGAACACCCACCUUGUACCCAGUACCUUGCACGUCCCUGGCUACACCAAUGUUCUCGAGGCGACGUACGCGGCUGUAGUCAGGGCAUUAUGAUGGUGCUUCAUAUGAAAUUUUCAAUUUCAUGCUGUUUUCCAACACAAAACUAAACAACAUCACCAUAUAGCGACAACAGUUACAUAUUUAUAACCACCUAAAACCAGGCGACGGUGUUGCUGGAUAGGGUACCAAAAUAUAAUGAAUGAUGAAUAUAAAUAUAUUUAUUCUUAUUAAGAAGGUACAAUUAUUGUUACAUCCGCAUAAAAACUCUUUGUUAGUAUUAAAAAAAUAACAUUCAUUUUACUUUUUUUUAAAUGACAAUAAGGCACGAGACGAGCAGGACGUUCAGCUGAUGGUAAUUGAUACGCCCUGCCCAUUUCAAUACCCCGCCGCUCAGAAUCCUUAGAAAAUCCAAAAGUUCUAAGCGGCACUACAAGUGCGCUCGUCUUGAGACAUACGAUGUUAAGUCCCACUUGCCCAGUUGGUCAAUUUCACUAGCUACGGCGUUCUUCAGACCGAAAUACAGUAAGUAAUGCUUACACAUUACUGCUUCACGGCAAGCAAGGCCCAUAAUCUAGCCGGCAUCCUGCGCAGAGGAAAUUCCCACUGGUCAAAAAAGCGCGUACCUUCCUUAAAAGCCGGCAACGCUCUUGUGAUUCCUCUGGUGUUGCAAGAGAAUGUGGGCGGCGGUGAUCACUUAACACCAGGUGACCCGUACGCUCGUUUGUCCUGCUAUUCCAUAAAAAAACUUGUGUUGAUGUUUCAAACUAAACUUGAUAUCAUUUACCUACCACUUAUUAAACCCGUUACCUAUUGAUGUUUAUCUAUUUUUACAUUCAAAUUUAAAUAUUCUUUUAUAUAAUUUACAGCAUUUUUACUGUCUUUUUUUUUACUUUUAAAUUUAUUAUAAAUUUGCGGUUUAUUCAUUACAAUCAAUAAUUAGUAUAUAUAAAUAUAGUUUUCUCUUAUUAGCACGCGUGUUUGUCUUGGAUUUUGUUGUAAAAAGCGAUUCCUCAUAUGAGCGAGUGUUAUGUAAUUAAUGCUAUAUAAUUCCAGUGAGCAUGCCAUAGUUAUGUAAUUUCAUUAAAUAAUACAUUCCAAACUGGAAACUGAAUACAUGUUUAUGUUUUUGAACUGAUUGUAUACUUCAUAUAUAAGGAACAACAUACAUUCAUAAGGAUAAGAAAUAACUACUUAAUUAUUGCAAUAAACUUAUCUCAACGACUAUUUCUACAUAUUAUACAUGAUUCAAAUAACAUAUGAUAAUUAUCUUACAUAAUAAUUACGUCUCUGUGACUGUGACAGCUGUGAAAACGAUGAAAAAAAUUAAGUUUAGAAUUAACCUCUAUUUUGAGAAAUGCACUAACAGUAACACAAAGUGUCAUACAAAUCAGGAGUGUAAGACGUAGCUUGUCACGCACACUAAAGUAUUAAACCUGACCGGUUUUUAUUUGUUUUCUAACAGGAAGAGACUAUGAUGUAUAGAUUAUCUAAGAUAGUUAUCAUUUACAGAUGUAUUUCACACCGAUUAUUUCACAGAACUGUAAUAUAAUAGAAUUUCAUAAUUAAACACACCUUCUCAUUGUAUGUAUGUUUAUUAUAAACAACAGUAAUUAAUAAUUGUUAUCCUUGUAUUAUCCAUCAUAGGUUUCUAUAAAAUGUAUACAUACAUACUUAAAAUGAGAUCAUUAUUGAAUUACUUAACUGUAACUUCUGUAUGUCUUUAAUAUACCUAAUUCCCGAAGAAGUUGAAUAUAUAUAAUUUUUGUGGCAUAGUUGCAAACAUUUCGCAGCAGAUGAUAGAUUUCACUACCUAUUUAUGUUAACGGCGCUCUGUGAACGGCUAGAUCACUUGGCGUUGCGUAGAGACGUCGCUUCAUUGUGUCUUCUACCGCAUUUAUCACGGGGAGUGUUCCGAAGAGCUGUUCAACCUGAUUCCUGCCGCCGAAUUUCACCUUCGCACGACACGCCUCAAGUUAGGAUAUCAUCCUCACCAUCUGGAUGUGUGGCGGUCCUUCACAGUGCGGUUUUCAAGGAGCUUUCUUCCUCGCACUACAAAGCUGUGGAAUGAGUUUCCUUGUGCGGUGUUUCAGGGACGAUACGACAUGGGUACCUUCAAGAAAAGCGCGUACACCUUUCUUAAAGGCCGGCAACGCUCCUGUGAUUCCUCUGGUGUUGCAAGAGAGUGUGGGCGGCGGUGAUCACUUAACACCAGGUGACCCGUACGCUCGUUUGUCCUCCUAUUCCAUAAAAAAAAAUGUUAUGGUAAUUUUAUUUAAUUUCGAUUUUUGUAUAAAGUUUUGGAGACCUUUUUUAAAUUGUGAUUAUCUAAUAUAAGUAAUAGGUACAUUUUCAGUAUUUAUUCUAAAUACAUUUAGAUUUAGUUAUUAUAAAUAAAUAUGGUAAUUAAUAAAUAUAGUGAUCUGAAUUUAUAUUAAAUAAUGAGUGUGGUUUAAAUUAAGAAGCUUUUUAUGUCCUAUUAGGAAUAAGUUUCUGUCAUUGUAAAUUCGUCACUUGAUCUUUGUGGCGGUUGUACACUGGUGGCUCUACAUUGUGAUUGAACUGUCAUGCAAUGUAAGGAGUUAAGUGGCAGCUAAAUACCGCAAUAAAUUCUUGGAAUUAUGUUUCCUCAAUACUUUAGUAUAAAGAAAUUUGUUUCCUACUUUAAUUCGAUGCAGUAGACAGAGCUGUCAAUGAUAUCAGUAAUCAGAACUCAAGUACUAAUAAUUCAGUCUAUAUUGACCUGAUUGUUUUAGAGCUUCACAAUUCUGGUUAAAAUUCAUCAAAUUAUCAAACAGUUAUAAAAUAUCACUUCAGUUAUGGUGUGGUACAAUUAUUUAUCUAUUUAAGAUAGGAUUGUACCACAUACCAAGGAAUAUUAAAUGUUUGUUAAGUUGGCAAUGUAUAAAAUAUACUAUGGAAUAAUUAUUAUAGAAACCAAAAACUUCAGCAGUAAUUAUAAGGAAAGUAAUUUAAAUAAUUUUGUGGUGAAAAAAUUUAGAUUAAUCAUUGUAACAAAAUUAUGAUAUUAAUUUUCUACUCUAUUGUAAAUAUGUAUGUGUGAUGUAUCAGUGUGCGCCGAGCUUUAGUAUGUUCGUGUUUUGAUGGAAUUUACAAUUUUUGUUGCAUUUCGAGUUAAUUUGUGGGAUAGUUUGUUGUACUUGGUGUGUUUGUUGUGACGAUAACUGGUAGACAUUGUAUGUAAUAUAUAAAAUAUAAUAAAACUUAUGAUA